ACCGGCCUGGCCACGAUUACGCCUGUGACGGGAGCCCACUCAGGGUCCUAAAAAGUAGGGGUUGCGAGGGAACCUGAACUGUCGAGACGUCUUUUGGCUACCUCGCUCCGGUCUAGCCAGGUGUAGCCAACUCCCCCAUACGACCGGGAAGGACAGGUGAAGACAGGGCCAUGACGCUGCGACUCGGGAGCUUGACGCUCCUGGCCGCCGCGGCCGCCGUGCUCGGCCAAGACAGCAUCAGCGACAGCAGGACUACCGUGACCGACUCGACCCUCUCCCUGACUCAGGCCGCGACUCCGUCCGACGCGUAUCAGUCGUUCGCCUCGCAGCGAACCUUGGGAUCGGUCGACAACGGAGCCAGCUCCAUGGCCACCGAGAACGCGACCGAGACCACCGCAACCCCCGAGGCCACCGAGACGGUUACCUUUCUAACCGGCUCGGCCGGGAAGACGACGACGGCGACGGCGUCCGGCAACUCCACGUCGACCGCGCCCCCCGUGCCGGAAGUCACAAACACACGGCCGUGCAACAACUAUCCCGAGUUCUGUAGCCGGAAGUACAGCAACAUCACCAACGUCGCCUGCCAUAAUUCCCCCUUCAUCACUCCCAACAACCUCGCCGCCAACCAGCAGUACGACGUCACGUCCCAGCUGAACGACGGCGUACGAUUCAUCCAGGCGCAGAUACAGUGGCCCACCGGCGGCAACGAGCCGCACUUCUGCCACACGAGUUGUGACAUUCUCGACGCCGGGCCCAUCACCGACUGGCUGACGCAGGUAAAGGACUGGGUCGCCUCUCACCCCUACGAUGUGGUCACCAUUCUCCUCGGGAAUGGGAACUACUCCGCCCCUAGUUUCUACGUGCCGUACAUCGAGCAGACGGGGAUCCUGCGGUACGUGUACACGCCGCCGGUGGUGCCGAUGGGGCUGGACGACUGGCCGACGCUGAGCGAGAUGGUGCUGCGGGGGCAGCGGGUGGUGAUGUUCAUGGACUACAUGGCGAACCAGACCGAGUUCCCGUGGCUGCUGGACCAGUUCUCGCAGCUGUGGGAGACGCCGUUCGACCCGGUCGACACGACGUUCCCGUGCACGGUGCAGCGGCCGCCGGACCUGCCGGGCGACGCGGCCCGCGGCCGGCUCUACAUGAUCAACCACAACCUCAACAUCGAGCUCUCCCUGCUCGGCACCGACAUGCUCGUCCCCGCCCGCACCGAGCUCAACGUCACCAACAACGUCACCGGCCCCGGCAGCCUCGGCCUCUCCGCCGAGAACUGCCGCCGCGACUGGGGCCGCCCCCCCAACUUCCUCAACGUCGACUACUACAACGUCGGCGGCUACCCCGGCUCCGUCUUCGAGGUCGCCGCCCGCAUGAACAACGUCACCUACGACCGCCCCUGCUGCGGCCCCAACGCCAGCGCCGCGCCCCCCGCCCCCGCCGCCGUACGAGCCGCCGCCCUCUCGCUCGUCGCCGCCGCGCUCUGCUGGGCCCUUUUGUAAUCCGGAUCCGGCGCACAUCCACUCUAUAGAAGGCCACAGGCCGGACGGCGGGGAUAAUGUCAUCUAGCGAGGGAUCUCCACUACUUGUCGGGUUGGAUCUUUUUUUUUUUUCAACACAGCGUUUGGUCGGGUGGGUUAGGCUCGGGAUAGAAGGAACGCGGAGCGGUACCGUGGGUCGUAUAUACUAUAAUUAUAUAAAGGAGACGGGAAAGACAGAGAGAGAGAGAGAAAGCACACACGCUUUCCGGAUACUAAUCGGCAUAUUGGGGGAUCCCGGUUGUACGUCGAUACCUACAUAGACCCGUCUCUCCCUACCGUAGGAUUCAGAAGGUCAACUAUCCGAGGUUAGGUAGCUAACCAUUACGACACACUACCCUCACUGACGGAACUGUUUACCCCGG